AUCUGGAUUAAUUAAAAAUCCCUAGCGCCCGAUUUUAGCCGCCUAGAGCGAGUUCUGUGCGAACGAAAGAAGACAGGGUUCUGUGCGAACGAAAGAAGACGGAAGAGCAGUUCAGCGACUUGAGAGCUUUGGACAGACUUCGAGCGGAUGGCGUUCUAGCGGACGGUGGACGGCGUUCCAGCAGACAGCGGACGGCGUUCUAGUGGACGGCGGGCAGCCAUCGAGCCGCGGACAGCGUUCGAGCAGCGGAAGACAUUCGAGUGGCUUUCGAGUAGGCGAACCUUCCUUUUCAGGUUUUACUACUUUUUAGGUCCAUGCAUUGAAAGUUUAACAUGCAUUGAAAGUGAUGCUGCUCUUGCUUCGGCUAAAAAAGCAGCAAGUGCGUCUCAACUUGCAGGUCUUGUCCCAAUUUCUCAGAUGCAGCCUCAUAGUGGAUAACCUGGUUCCCUUUCCAAUAUUCUUCAAGGUAAUGGACUCCCAAUUGCCCCUAAUGAUAUAUCAGCCACAACAGCAGCAUUUCUUGCUGCGAAGAAUUUGCAGCAGAACUUGGCUAAGCUUCAGAAUGAGGUCAUGCCUGAGCAUUAUGAAGCUGAGUUGGAAAUUAAUGAUUUUCCUCAAAAUGCUUGUGGGAAAGUGACACACAAAGAGACCCUAGAUCCUAUUUCAGAAUGGACUGGAGCUGCCAUCACUACCAGGGGCUAUUAUAUCCCACCUGAGAAGGUACCUGGACCAGGGGAUAGGAAAUUGUACUUGUUCAUUGAGGGCCCUACAGAGCAAUCUGUCAAGAGGGCAAAAACUGAGUUGAAACGUGUUUUAGAGGACAUAAAUAUGCAAGUAACAUCACUUGCAGGCUCAGCUCAGCUAGGGAGAUACUCAGUUGUGUAAGUUGACAUGAUGAGCUAUAAGAAGAUCCGGUGUAGGAAUGAAACCUUUAUGACUACACAAUGUGUAAAUGAUCUCAUUUGGCGUACACUCCUACCAGUGAUAUUGUGAUCAGAUGCUUACUUGAAUACCAUUAUUUUCAGGAAAAGGUUGUGCUUCAGUUAGACCUAUGACAUAUUUGCUUGGAACUUCUCAUCUUGAAACUGUUACAAAGGUAAGCCCCUUCUUUUAUUUUCAUUUCAAAACCAUCUUAUUUUAAUUUAUUGACAAUUCUUCUUCUUACUGUUAUUUUAUGGGAUGUUUUCCAAAAGGGCUAUGCCUUACCUUUUUUUGUUGUUUUUACCGUUUGUUUAGUUCGAUGCCUUAAAUGAAUGUUUGUGGAGUCUAAACUUGUUUUUUUUCAUCUUUAAUGCUUGAUUAAUGUUUUCAUCUCUAACACUUUAUUGUUAUAUAUGAAAUUAUUUGCAGUUUUUCUAUUUCUGUUAAAGUUGAUAUCGUGAUAUGCUUUUUCGAUUUGAAGUAUUUGUUAUUUGAAUGCUAACUAUCUUUUUCGUUUAAAGAUAACUUUUGUUUGAAAUGUGAACUUAAUCAACUACUAUUCUUUGUGUCUAAGUUAUUAGCCUAAAUUCAGGCAGAGACAGAACAAGGCUCCGGUAUACUCUUAUUGCGAGUGACGUGACUGCGGCUCCAGCAUACUCUUAUCGCGACUGACGCGUCGUGGCUCCAGCAUACUCUUAUCGCAAUUGCGGCUCCAGCAUUGAGUGUAGAUCACGAUUUUGUACCUUCAUCGUUGGAUGACAUUCACAAGCCGAGCAGUAGACUGACGUUCGAAUGCAUCUCCUAUGUGUCUCAUCACAUUUAACGUUCCUCUCAAUUGCUCAAUUUCCAGUUUAGCUGCGUGUUUUGCAUGUAGUUGUUUCACAAGUGUAAUUAUUUUUGCCUAUUCUGUUCUUCAACUAAUUUCAUCAUUUUUCAUAUGCCCUCCUUUGCUCUUCAGUGGCAGCAGAAAUUGAACUGUUUAGGGGAGCAUUAUGUUUAGGGGAGCGUUUUCUUUUGGGAAAACGGCGGAUUGGACCUAAGCCACUAUAACCCAAACUCACUCAAAGUAUGACAUGGAGAAUAAUGAUUACACUAUAGAACCAUUUCUUGACACUAUUAUUUUUAAUAGAGUACAGUUUGAGCCAUUUAUUUCCUUGGUUGAGAGAGCAGGCUGAAGAUUUAGGAGCUAGGCUUUGCUCCUAGUGAGGUCAUCUUACUUUUCUUGUAGAGAAUUGUUGGGGAUCUUUAUUAGUGCGAUUCGCCAAUCUGGAACCAUUCUCAUCAAAAGAGAUUGAUGAAGUACGAACUCGUUGGGCACCAUAUUUCUUAGAAAUGACGCAAUCCAUCAACGACACACGAUGAACGUGUUUAUUUAUGUUUUUGAGUGAUGAUGAGACUUGUAACUUUAUACAAUGUGUUAUUACUCUAGACUUGUGCAAGGAUUGUUUUAUUUUAGCUUAUUAUUAUGUACUAAGUUGUUACUUGAACUUGUUGAACAUUUGUGGAAGAAUUGAAAAAUAGCUUGUGUUAUUGUUUUAGAUGGAUCAAGUGAACAGGUGAAAAAUUGUGCUAUACUAG